AUGUCGCACGCGGGCUCCGACGCCUCUUCUCACUCUCAUUCCGUCAUGACCGAGGACGAGGAGGACUGGGAGGACUACGUCAAAGGCGGCUACCACCCCGUCCACAUCGGCGACACCUUCUCCGACGGCCGCUACCAAGUCGUCCGGAAGCUCGGCUGGGGCCACUUCUCCACCGUCUGGCUCGCAAAGGACUCAAAGCUCAAUCGACACGUCGCUCUCAAAGUCGUCAAGUCCGCCCCGAGGUAUACCGAAACCGCGCUCGACGAGAUCAAGCUCCUCCAAAGACUAAUCACCUCUUCAACACCCCCUGUCGCCCCAACACCAGAGAACCCGAACCCGCCAAUAUCCCCCUCCGUCACCCAUUCCGGUCGCUCCCAUGUCAUCUCCUUCCUCGACCACUUCCGCCACAAAGGCCCGAACGGGACCCACGUCUGCAUGGUCUUCGAGGUCCUCGGCGAAAACCUGCUCGGGCUCAUCAAGCGUCACCAGAACAAAGGUGUGCCUAUGCACAUCGUGAAGCAGACCGCGAAGCAGAUCCUCCUCGGCCUUGACUAUAUGCACCGCUGUUGUGGUGUCAUCCAUACCGAUCUGAAGCCGGAGAACGUCCUCAUCUGCAUCGACGACGUCGAGUCCGUCAUCCAGGCCGAACUCGCCGCCCAGUCUGCCUCACAAACCCCACCCCCCACCCGCCUCGUCGGUGUCCCCCCCUCACGCGGUCGGGGCGGCAACCAGACACCCCGCUCCGAGUCCGUCUUCAUAACCGGCUCCCAGCCCCUCCCGUCUCCCUCUUCCUCCUUCGGCUCCUCGUCCCACCUCGACCGCUGGGCGUUCGGGAUGAGCAAAAUCGAGGACGCGGGCGCCAACGGCGGCGCGAGCGGCCCGGGCAGCGUCGGCAGCUCGAAGAUGAAGGACCCCGAUGCCGAGGGCGACGACGGGCGCGACGGCAAGGGUCGCUCGGACAGGCGUCAGGGACCCGCGCCGGACGGCGACGCGGACAUGGCGGCGGAGGACGCGGCGGAGCGAAUAGGCAACGUCACCCUCAACUCGUCCCCGUUCGGCGAGAAGACGCGCCCAGACCCCGCGAAGGCGAAGCAGGCCGGGCCAUCGCUCCUGUCGCAGCAGGCACCCCCCGUCGCCGGUCCGUCGACGAGCGCAGCGCUCGAGCCGCCGCCGUACACCGCGAGCGGGGGGGACGACCCGAUGGGCUCUGUGGACACGCCCCUGUCGACGAGCGCGAUGUCGAUCGACGGUGUGGGCGCGGUGUACGACGGCCAGGAGAAGAUCACCGUCAAGAUCGCGGAUCUGGGCAACGCGACGUGGGUCGAACACCACUUUACCGACGACAUCCAGACGCGCCAGUACCGCUGUCCAGAGGUCAUCCUCGGCGCCAAGUGGGGCCCCAGCGCGGACAUCUGGAGUAUCGCUUGCAUCAUCUUCGAGCUCAUCACGGGCGGCGACUACCUCUUCGACCCGGCGUCGGGGUCGCGGUACAGCAAAGACGACGAUCACAUCGCGCAGAUCAUCGAGCUCAUGGGCGAGUUCCCGAAGAGCCUCGCGUUCUCGGGCAAGUACAGCUCCGACUUCUUCAACCGACGAGGCGAGCUGCGGCACAUCCAGAAGCUCCGCUUCUGGCCGCUCGAGGCCGUCCUGCACGACAAGUACCUCCUCCCUAAGGAGGAGGCGGACAUGAUCGCCUCCUUCCUGACGCCGAUGCUCCGCCUGAACCCGGACAAGCGCGCGAAGGCCUCGGAGCUCAUCCACCACGCCUGGCUCGACGGCAUCGUCGUCCAGGGCGAGGUCGACACUAUCCGCCGUGCUGAGGACGAGGACACGCGGGCGCGCGCCGCCGCCGCGACCACCGCCGCCGCCGACGCGCGCGCGGACUUCGACGCGAUGAAGCCCGUCGACGACGUCGUCCUCGCGCCCGAUGAGGGUGCCGCCGCCGCCGCGGGCGUGCCGACGAUCGCGGCGCCGGUGCCCGGUGCCGGGCGGCCGGGGCACGCGCACUCGGGGAGCAAGAGCGAGGUGCCGACGCUGGGCGCGGUGCCGAAGGGGAAGCCUUGA